UCGAGAAAUGAUUGGAAAAAGAGAAAAAAGAGAAAAAGGGAAAGGCGGGGCGUCGAAUUGGACACCACAGGUCCGACAAGAACCGCCAACUAACUGGACCACAAAAGAGUAAACAUCAGCCACCCAUUCUACUGUGUCCGCCAUCUUGCGGUGACCACGCUGGACACAAUUUUGUCCGCUCGCGCCACGUCUGAAAUGAAGUGACAACGCCGUGGGUGACGGGUAGCGGACAGAAAAACAGGCGCGGAAAACAGUCGAUGAGCGGCUGCGGGCGGGAAAGGACGGAAAACGACGGAGGACCGUUGUCAGCCCGCCGGGCGCGCGGGCGCGUUGGCCCUGCGGUGGAUGUCAAACGUUCGCCGGGGCCGUCGGGACCCGGACGAUAUGCGCCUCCGCGGCUGACGGGGGCAGCGGCCAGGCGGUUGUGCCUGUGGCGCCUCUGCGCCACCAUCACCUGCUGCUGGAGGGCGAGGGGGCGGUCGUUCUGCAUCGCGCCCACUGGUGGUGAUUCGGCGCCUUCUCGCUGCCGCUGCUGGUUUGUCAACGCCAGCGCCGCGCGAUCGCCAUCGGCGUCGGUGUCCGAAGGCCAUCGGAGACGGCGGCCGAUGGCGAUCGCCAUAGCGAUUCCACGCGCGGUGGCGGUCGACGGCGCGACUACCACCAACUCGCUAACUAUCUCCGCUGCCUCUUCCCCUUCGGUCUCUCCAUUCUCGUCUUUCUCUCCUUCCUCUUCUUCUCCCUUUGUCCCUGACAUCCACUCGACAGGGCUAUGUGAUGCGGCGCGUCGACCUCGGAUCGCGUCAUCUUGCAGUCGUCACGUCAGCGGCGAUGACCGAUCAUCACCCAGGAACGUUUGCGCGGCGGGGGCGGCGGUGCAUCAGCGGCCAGGGAGGUGGUGGUGGUCAGUUUUACCGCGUGGCGUUGACCGCCAGGGGCCACCGUUCGUCCGCCUUACAACUGAUCACAGCCGGCUAGAGGACUAUGGGGGCGGCAGGGGAAGGUGGCGGCGGGUGCCCCCUGCCGCGGCGCGCGCCGCCAUGCCUGGGCAAGAGGCGAGAUGCAGUGCCGAGGGCGGGUUUUGGUCACCGCUUUCGUCCCCGCUUGAAAUGUUUUCGCGCUCUCGGAGACCAGGCGGCAACACUACCUCUGACUUGGACGAUCGCCAGACAGAUAUAGCUCGGGAUUGCUGCAGACGCAGCAGUGGGAAUGGUAGGCCUUCUUCGUCUGCCUCCCUGCUCACGUCACUUCUAGUCCGUUACUCGUGCCUCGUCUGCGAUUGGUGGGUAUUCCAAGCGAACAUGCGCGAGAGAAGGGAGAUGCUGUGGGGAAGCAAUCUGCUGCGCGGGAUCAUGGAAGUGCGCGGGGUGUUCUUGCGCCCCCGAGCUUGGAUAGCGGAAUUGGUCGGAGAGACUGCGCGAGUCAACGAGGUGUUGUCCAUCGAAGCAGGGGGAGCGAGUGACAAUGGAGGGAAGAAGAAAGGGGAGGGGGAGGAGGAGGAGGAGGAGGAAGAAGAGGCCUUGGUGAACGGUCUUCAGGUGGCAGGCGACAGGAUUGCUGCGAUGCUUGAGGAGGCGGCAGGUGAAAACUGCAGGAGGGACAGAGGCGAGCGCGGCGGUUGGAAUGCUUUGGCCGCCGAAGAGGACACGAUACGCAAGGAGGAAGGGAGAGACGACACCGCGGUUGAUGAAAUGAUGGAGGCAAGAGAGCAGAAAGAGGUAGAGGGGGAGGAGGAGGAGGAAGAGGCGCGGAAGGAGUUCUGGAUCAAGGAGAGGAUGGCAGCCCUGAUGCGCGAGGUGGAAAGGCGAACCAACAUCCAGGAAUAUAUGAGACCGGGAUUGAUUGGCUGGGUAACGGGGGAGAGGCAGCAGGGAAAAAGUGGAGAUAGAGGACCGACAGAAGAGCAAUUGAUCAUUGGCCCUAAAGUGCAGGAGAUGCUGGAUUGGGAGCAGAGGAAGAAGGCGUCACCCGGGGCCAAGAUACCAGGCUUCAGCUUCAGCGCUGCGGGGCUUCUCUUCCCUUAUCACCUGGGGGUGACGAAGUGCCUGAUGGAAUAUGGCUACAUCACUGAGGACACGUUCUUAUCAGGUUCUAGUGCCGGGUCGCUAGUCUGUGCAGUCAUUGUGGGAGGUUUGACCAUGGAGGAGGCAUUAUAUGCUACCAAGCGUCUGGCAGAAGACUGUAGAGAAAAUGGCACGGCCUUCCGACUGGGGGCAGUUCUUCGAAAAUUCUUAGUAGAAUUCUUGCCGGAAGAUGCUCACGAGAAGGCAUCGGGUAGAAUUCAAGUUGCAGUUACACAGGUGUUUCGUAGUCCAAGGAGCUUACUUGUGGAUAAGUUCGAGUCCAAGGAGGAUAUGAUUGAUGCGUUAAUCACAUCGUGCUUCAUUCCUGGGUACUUGGCUCCCAGGCCUGUGACUAUUUUCCGCAAUCGUGUUUGUAUAGAUGGAGGCAUUACUGCAUUUAUGCCCCCUACGGCCAGUGAGACGACGGUGAGGGUGUGUGCAUUUCCAACGAGCUCGUUUGGACUGAAGGAUGAUGGGAUUUCUCCAGAUCGCAACCCAGUUGACCGCCCAUCAGUUUCUCAGGUGCGGCCCAUUUGUUCAUGUUCCCCGUAUGCCCUUACAGAGCCCUGGAUCUUGUUCUGUAGCUUAGGCUCUAUUACUCAGAGUUGGACUUCUUGAGUCGGACUUAACCAUAGUUGCGGUUGGCAUCACGAAAUGUGUAACUUAGUCGAACUUUGAGUAUC